AUGACAUCAUCUUCAUCGGACCAUGAUGAUCGCAGCUCUCCUGAUUCACUUCCCCCGUCAACGACAUCAUCUACUCAACAAAUUCUCGGUGACGAAUUCGUGAAAACACUCGAAAAAAUAUCUAAACAGCAAUCGUCGACAUUGGCUGCUGCAACAACCGAGAGUAGUGCGGGAGCACACACCUCGCAUGGUGCCGGCAACUACAGAACCGAGUUGAAACGUCCUGAUCUCAAAGGGGAUGAGAGGCAAUCAACACAAGAUGACGGUUAUUACCGAAAGGAGUAUGUGUGGUAG